CUGCGCAGUUGCCCGGAGCCGGCUUCCGGGUAGGGCGAGCGCUAUGGGGUGGAGGGCCAGUUCUUCCUAGUAGCGGCGGCGAGUGGGCGUGUACGGGGAGGGAUCUAGCCCUAGGUCAGGGGUCCAGGAGUCUUUGGGAGAGGGUCGGAGGGUGCAGAGAGCCUGGGAUAACCUCCUGCCGCCACCAUCUGUUAUGUCGGCCGAGGCCUCCGGCCCGGCAGCAGCCGUGGCCCCGUCCCUGGAAGUCCCUAACCCCUCUUGUCUCGAGCCUGGCUCCACCGCCUAUGGACUCAAGCCGCUGACCCCGAAUAGCAAGUAUGUGAAGCUGAACGUGGGCGGCUCGCUGCACUAUACCACGCUGCGCACCCUCACGGGACAGGACACCAUGCUCAAGGCCAUGUUCAGCGGCCGUGUGGAGGUGCUUACCGACGCCGGAGGUUGGGUGCUGAUUGACCGGAGCGGCCGUCACUUUGGUACAAUCCUCAACUACCUGCGGGAUGGGUCUGUGCCACUGCCUGAGAGUACCAGAGAACUGGGGGAGCUACUAGGUGAAGCACGUUACUACCUGGUACAGGGCCUGAUUGAGGACUGCCAGCUGGCGUUACAGCAAAAAAGGGAGAACCUGUCCCCGCUGUGCCUCAUCCCCACCGUGACAUCUCCCCGGGAGGAGCAGCAGCUCCUGGCCAGCACCUCCAAGCCCGUGGUGAAGCUCCUGCACAACCGCAGUAACAACAAGUACUCCUAUACCAGCACUUCAGAUGACAACUUGCUGAAGAACAUCGAGCUGUUUGACAAACUGGCCCUGCGCUUCCAUGGGCGGCUGCUCUUUCUCAAGGAUGUCCUGGGGGAUGAGAUUUGCUGCUGGUCUUUCUACGGGCAGGGCCGCAAAAUCGCCGAGGUGUGCUGCACCUCCAUUGUCUAUGCCACGGAGAAGAAACAGACCAAGGUGGAAUUCCCAGAGGCCCGGAUCUUUGAGGAAACCCUGAACAUCCUAAUCUACGAGACUCCCCGGGGACCAGACCCAGCUCUCCUAGAGGCCACAGGGGGUGCAGCUGGAGGAGGUGGGGUGGGCCGAGGGGAGGAUGAAGAGAACCGAGAGCACCGUGUCCGCAGGAUCCACGUCCGGCGCCACAUUACUCAUGAUGAGCGUCCUCAUGGCCAACAGAUUGUGUUCAAGGACUGACCUUUGAUCUUUCCCCUGCCUUCCUCCUCCCCUAGGACCCAGUUCCUGUCUGUCUUUUCCUCCCCUUCCCAGACCUUUGCCCCGGCUCUGCUGGCCAAGUCGUGGGUCUUCUGUCCUUUCAUUGCAUGGUGCAAUUCACGUUGGCCCUUUUCCAUUCAUUCCCAUCUCUUGCUAACAACAUGUUACAUUCUAGCCACUCCUUAAGUCUAAACCCUUCAGAAAGUCAACAUGCAUCUCCUCAUCCCCAUUCUUGUCCUGCUUUCUUUCCCUCACCAGCUGGUUUAGAAUGAUUCAGAAUUCCCUUUUUCCUUUUUAAGUACAUGGGCCCUGCCAAAGUGUCAAGCCCAUCCUUAGUACCAUCCACCGCACUCUGAGCCACCCUGCAUUGCGCAGGGUAAUUUGCCACCCUCCCCAGCCCCGCAUUCUCCCUAUCUCCUUAACUUUGUACAGGCUGGCCUGGGCCUGCACCAGCUCAGUGGUCUUCUCAGUCUGUUUCAUAUUUAUUUAUUAUUUUAAUUUUCUAUUAAAUUAUUGAAAUAAAGUUGAGUUGAGA